AUGGCCCAGCAUGAUGUCAGGCUGGUACUGUCUUCAUCCCAGCCUCACCGAGCCCCCCAGAGGAGCUGCCCUCUGCCAGAGGCCACAGCCCACACUCCGGGCAAUGUCCCUUUGGCAUCGGGGGAAGAUUCGAUGAAAAGAACGGUGUCUGUGCUGCCAAGUGGCUACUUGGGGACAUUGAAAAACCCCGGAAACAUGACGACCUCUUCUUCUUGGUGUGGAUCCUCGCCUCUCAUGUCACUACCUAAACCGCUUGCUCAUGUCAUGGAGCCGAAGACAUCACCCUGUCCCCAUCCUCAUCACAGGGACACAGAGGCCAAAGGCCAAGAAGGUUCCAACUGGGAGGUCUUUAUUCACAGAGAGCCUACGGGGCAGGCCAGAGAGCAGAGGGGUCACCUUCGCAAUGUACCAUGCUAUCCUGUGAAGACCAAGAGAAACUUCACGCUGGAGGGAAGCUGUCCUCAUCCCUGGCAGGGAAUCCUUCCCAAUGCUGGAAAGGAGGAGGUGGCUUGUGCGCCUCCUAUGAGUACCCCAUCUGAUGGCCGUGACAACCCCAGCUCACAAAGCUCCACUCUGGACAGGCUUGGGGAAAACCAUACCCCCAACUUCUCAGACUCCCAGGAGUCACGUAAGGGGGUGAAGGCUGAAAAUCCCACAGCUAGUCCACUAGCAAACCACCAUGCUCCACCAAAGCUGCCUGCUCCUACAGCCUCCCAAAGAGGAUUAUCCGUGCCGUCUGAACUUCCCCUGUUCUUGCCGCUGUCAGUACCAGUACCCUGGGAUCGAGGGGAACUUCCUCCACCAGCUAAACUUCCUUGUCUAGAACUACAGCCAGAUUGGGAUAUUUGUAAGAAAAUACUGUCUUGUAGAAGUCAAAUCUGUAAGAUAGAAGCUUCAGAAGGUAAACAAGAGGAGGUGACACAUAGCAGUAUCACUAUGACCGCCUCUUUUGUUCCUCUACCUGAUGCAGGGACCAAUAGCUGCCAGGCCCUGCCUAGUUGCACUUCAAAUAUUUCAGCUCUUCCCAAUACCACUAAUGGAAAAGUGCUGGACACUGGGGCAGACAUCCCAUUAGGUUCAUCUAACACUAAAGAGGGACUGACACCUAAAAUGCCCAGUUGCCCUUUGGCUUCCCCCGCAGAACCUCUUUCUCUCAGUACCCCUGCCUCUAAUUUGGGGGUUCUAAAUAGUGAGAAUGAAGACCAACUUUAUGUAUCAAGAGCUGCAAUCCCUCCUACUUCUCUCUUCCCCAGACCUCUCCCCACUAUACCUUUGCCUGUCCCCUGCACAAGGGAAAUCCCUAUCCCUUUGUGUAUGGAUUCCCUUCCCCCUCCUCCUCUUUUCUACCCUAUACCCCCUCCUGUAGUUCCACCUACCGGGAAGAGUCUGAGUAUUGACACCACCAGAGAUUUUGUUAUGCUUGCCCCCACAGUAUCCUCUGGUGUGGCUACAGAUGAUGACAUAGUUUACAUGGAUACAACACCACCUUCUGAGGAAGUUAUUUUCACAUCUCCCCCAGUCUCCAGCACCAACCCCUAUCCAAUUGCCCAGGUCCCACAUGGUCUGCAACAGGGGUACCUUUUCAAUGGGUCAGUACUCAUCAGCCCACCUAUACCCCAAGUCUAUCCAUUCCUCAAGGUCUCCUGCAUCCUGUGCCAGGGGCAUCUUCUGAAUGGGUUAGUCCCCACAAACCUCCCUCCACCCCAAUCUUAUCUCUCUGCCCCAGACCCUCCUAGCUUAGACCAGGGACACCUUGUCAUGGAGCCAGGCCCCACUAACUCAACUCAGCCCAAGGGCCCCUGGCCUUCCCUAGUUUUGAACCAGCCCAUUGUGCCUCAAAAUUAUCUUUGGUGUAUCAUCCCUAAUGUGCAGCAGCACAAUGCCCCUAUUCCCCCAUGUGCCAUUCCUUCAGUCCUUCCCAACAUGGGCCCAGCCAUUGUCCCCUUUUCUGGAGGCAAUGUCUCCCCACAAGCUAAACCACCUAUGGAUGAUGAUGAUGAUGAUGCUAUGGAUACAACGCCACCUUCCCAGGCCUCAGUCUUUCAAUCUUCUCUUGUCUUGAACAACCCUGCAUUGAACCAGGUGCCUCCCACUUCUGACUACCUGCCACACAGUGGAAUGAUUUCUACCAUGCAAGGAUCCAACAAUUGUUUUUCACAGUUGCAGCUCAUGCAGGGAUCAAACCCCAAUAUCAGCCAUCUUUCCAAUAUAAAAGCCAGCUCUCACCCCACAUUAGCGGCCUCUAAUGGACAAUAUGACAAUUGUUUUCUGAGUGACCCAGCAAUCCUAACAAUACCAGCUGUUAGCUUACCUGCUCCACCAGUUCAAUCACCUAGAAACACCAUCAUACAAUGGAGCCAUAUGACUGUGACAUCACCUUCAUCUGCAGUGGACUCUGCUGUCAAAACCCAGCAGGCCUUAUGUGUACUUUGUGCACCAUCAUGCCUCCAACUGCUGGCAUCAAAAUCCUUGGGGUAA